AUGUGGUAUCAAAAUGAAAAUUUUGAGCCAAAGAAGGGUACGAAGCAAAAUUUGAUAUUUUCAGAAUAUGUGCUCAAUCCGGCGGCAUUGAUACCGGUUCCGCCGACUUAUGAGGAUUCGAUGAAGUCAUCAACACCGCCGAAAUACACUCCAGAGACGACGAAUUCGACUUCUCGAAGCUCUGUUGACCUACCGGCGAGCAUCGCUACAACAGCCAGACUGGAGCCAUUUGGACGCGGGCCGUCAACUAGCAACGACUUCAACUAUUUUCCACAGAGAUCCAUGUCGGACUCGUGGAUCAAGACGGAUCAUAUUGAGUCCACUAUCGGCGAUGAAUGUCAGAGCGCAAGAUAUUAG